GCUGCAGCUUGCCAGCACAGAUCAGAGACACCGGUAAUAAUCAGCGGUGUGUGGAUUAUGACUUGAAGAAACCCUACUAAACACGGCGCAACAGAGCUGCUCUAUUGACUAACACUAUUCUUAAAAAGAAUCCGUGUAUUUGGUUACUUUUAUAAGUGAAACUGUUGAAAACGUUUUUGCCAGAAGACAUUCGUAUUGCUGAAGAUGUCAGUGGUGGGAUUUGACUUGGGUUUCCAAAGCUGCUAUGUAGCGGUAGCCCGAGCCGGUGGAAUUGAAACAGUUGCCAACGAGUACAGCGACAGAUGCACACCGUCAUUUGUAUCAUUUGGACCAAGAAACCGAGCUAUUGGAGCAGCCGCCAAAAGCCAGGUGGUGACCAACUGUCGGAACACAGUGCAGGGUUUUAAGCGAUUUCAUGGCAGGGCAUUUUCAGACCCAUACGUCCAGUCAGCCAAGACUAACUUGGUGUACGAUCUGGCACAGAUGCCCUCUGGAUCCACUGGUAUAAAAGUGAUGUACAUGGAGGAGGAGCGAGUGUUCAGCAUUGAGCAGGUCACUGGCAUGCUGCUGACCAAGCUUAAGGAGACUGCUGAAAGUGCACUGAAAAAACCCGUUGCAGACUGUGUCAUCUCGGUCCCGAGUUAUUUCACUGAUGCUGAGAGAAGAUCUGUCAUGGAUGCAGCUCAGAUCGCAGGCCUCAACUGUCUACGGCUAAUGAAUGAAAACACUGCAGUGACUCUUGCAUAUGGCAUCUACAAGCAGGACCUGCCAGCUCCAGAAGAGAAGCCCAGGACAGUGGUGUUUGUAGAUGUGGGACACUCAGGUUACCAGGUGUCAGUUUGUGCCUUUAACAAGGGAAAGCUCAAGAUCCUCGCUACAGCGUUCGAUUCAGAACUUGGUGGGAAGGACUUUGACGACAUCCUGGUCAGCCACUUCUGCGAAGAGUUUAAAAAGAAGUACAAGUUGGAUGUCAAGUCUAAACCCAGGGCGCUUGGCCGACUCUACCAAGAGUGCGAAAAGCUCAAAAAGCUGAUGAGCGCCAACUCCUCAGACCUGCCCCUCAACAUUGAGUGCUUCAUGAAUGACAUAGAUGUUUCUGGUAAACUUAAUAGAGGACAAUUUGAGGAGAUGUGCGCGGGGCUGUUGGCCAAAGUCGAGGGUCCCCUUCGCAGUGUCAUGGAACAAGCCAAGCUGAAAAAGGAGGACAUCUAUGCUGUGGAGAUUGUUGGAGGAGCCUCUAGAAUCCCUGCCAUCAAAGAGCGAAUCAGCAAAUUCUUCGGCAAAGAGCUGAGCACCACUCUCAAUGCAGACGAGGCUGUGGCCAGAGGCUGCGCUCUGCAGUGUGCAAUCCUGUCACCAGCAUUCAAAGUCAGAGAGUUCUCGAUCACAGAUGUUGUCCCUUACCCCAUCUCCCUAAAAUGGAACUCAGCUGCAGAGGAGGGACUGAGUGAUUGUGAGGUAUUCCCAAAGAACCAUGCUGCUCCCUUCUCCAAAGUUUUGACCUUCUUCCGUAAGGAGCCCUUCAACCUUGAAGCUUACUACAACAACCCGAAGGAGCUGCCUUACCCCAGCAGCACAAUAGGCCAAUUUAUGGUCCAGAAUGUGGUUCCUCAGACAUCUGGGGAGAGUGCAAAGGUGAAGGUGAAAGUGCGGGUCAAUGUUCAUGGCAUCUUCAGCGUGUCAGGCGCCUCACUCGUUGAGGUCUUGAAAACAGCAGAAGGAGAGGAGCCAAUGGAGACAGACCAAACAGCAAAGGAAGAGGAGAACAAAAUGCAGGUGGACCAGGAGGAUCAGAAACUUCAGGCUGGAGACAACGGAGACAAGAAAUCAGAGACGGAGGAGAUGGAGACAACAGCAGAGGACACCAAUAAGGAGAAGAAGAAUGAUCAGCCCCCUCAAGCAAAGAAGCCCAAAGUGAAAACGAAGACGGUCGAGCUGCCCAUAGAGAGCAAUUUGCACUGGCAGCUGUCCAAUGACACACUAAAUAUGUUUGUGGAGAAUGAGGGUAAGAUGAUCAUGCAGGACAAGCUAGAAAAAGAGAGGAAUGAUGCAAAGAACAACGUUGAAGAGUAUGUGUACGAGAUGAGGGAUAAACUGCACGGCGCUCUGGAAAAGUUUGUGAAUGAGGCUGAUCGUGACACCUUCUCAUUAAAACUGGAGGACACAGAAAACUGGCUGUAUGAAGAUGGAGAGGACCAACAGAAACAAGUUUACAUUGACAAACUGGCUGAACUGAAGAAAAUUGGCCAGCCUAUUUUUGAAAGGUACACUGAAUCCCAGGAGCGGCCAAAGGCAUUUGAGGAGCUUGGCAGACAGAUCCAGAUGUUCAUGAAGAUCAUUGAAGCUUACAAAGCAAAGGAAGAGCAGUACAACCACCUUGAUGAGCUGGAGGUGACUCGGGUGGACAAGCAGGUGAACGACGCGAUGGUGUGGAUGAAUGGGAAGAUGAACCAGCAGAAUAAUCAGGACCUCACUGUUGACCCUGUGGUCAAAGUUGCAGAGAUCAAGGCCAAGACUAAGGAGCUUUAUUCAGCCUGCAACCCUGUGUUGUCCAAACCCAAGCCCAAAGUAGAGCCCCCCAAAGAGGAGAAGACCGAGAAUGGGCCAGUGAAUGGGCAGGAUGGAACAGAGAAUCAGCCAUGUAACCCAGACAAAGCCACAUCAGCAGGCACAGAACAGGGAACAGCAGAGAACAAGCUCCCUGAAAUGGACAUUGACUAACUGUUAGAGCUUGGGCCUAUAAGUUUCCCCUCUGUUUGUCCUGCUACUUGCUCUUUCAGUCUUUCAAUUCUGUUGUUCUUCUCUUCAACAUGCAGUAGCCGCUCUCUAGAAGACACAGACAACAGACUGCAACCCCUCUCAAUAGAAUUCCUCCAUCAGCCUUCUUGGCAUGUCAUUUCACAAUUUUUCCUGACAAAAACAAAAUUUUGCUUAAUAUUGAUAUUGAAUGGACAAUUUUAUGACGCUGUGAGCUUGGGAUGGAAACCUCUUACUUUAUUGCUUUGAUGGCCCUUAUGUUAAAGAUUGUUUUGUUCAGCUUCCUCUGAGCAUAUUUAAGAAUGUCAGAUUUGAAGAAUUGUAAGCAAAGUGGCUGUGCAGAAGAUAAUUGGUAAUAUACGCAGGAUUCAUGAAAAUGUAAAAUAUUGCAGUAUGUCUAAAGAGAUAACAGAUACAUUUUAACAUGUAAACAAACAUGGGUGGAUCCAAAUAGUAAAAGAAAUUAAGUGCAGUUUUUUUCACUAUACUACAGAUAAUUGUAACUGCUGGAUUAUAAUGUUUGAGUUGAAGAGGACAGAAACAGUUUUUGUUGAGUUUACUGUUUGUUAAAGCUAGGUACUGCAACUUAAUGUCAUGCAUUUCAUUGUCUGGCUUUGCUCAUUCAAAAGCAAUGCUCUGUCAGUUGUUCUCUGGUAGCCUUGUAUUGUGUUUUUUUCUACUUAACGGUGUAAAUGCUGGUCCAACAAAAUGCCUUCUGGGUGCUGCUGUUGCCACAUCACCAUAAAAAAGCAAAAAUAAAUCUUGUCUAAAAAGAA